CAAGUGCUUGUAAAGAUGGUCUUUUUUUGUCUUUAAUUCCGCAAAAGAAUGAAUAGCAGAGCACAAUCAACUGCAACGUAGUUGUCGGAGACCCGAUGCCACCACUUUAGAAGAUGAACCAAACUCGUCACGACCUUCUUCUUGUGUUGCGAGAAAAUUAUAAAUCAUGGAAACAAGAAGCGCGAUGCUGCACGAGGAAGAUGUGCUGCUCGACUACGGGUAUCAAACCUUCAGUCCUGCUAAAGACGAGCACAGCACUACGAACAACACGAGGAUAUUAAGCAGCACUGCGAAUACGAAAUAUGAGUAUAACUUUCAUGAUCCGAACCACCUUGUUUCGCAUCAGAGGGGCGGUUUUAAUACCACUACGCGACAUAAUGCGAUGAACGCCUACCAUGGAGGUGGUUCAUCUUCGUCGUCCUCUUCUUUCGCGGUUACUGACUAUCCAAGAAAAAAAGAUUUUAGCUGUAACUUUCAUCUUCGAGGAACAGCAUUACAAAUCUGUGUGGCAUGAUGAGAGCAAAUAAACCUGUCAUGCGCAGAUAGUGCUGGAGAUCGCAGCAGCUGAAUGGACCCUACAACGCAUUCCAAGCAUGACAGACGCAAUCACCUUGCACGUUGCGCAUUACAAAGUUAGACUAGCAAUGUUUUGUUUUCUUGGAUACUGACAAGCUGAACAUCAGUACCGAGUAUGUGGAAAUUGGAUUGGAAAUCGUAUUAUGAGUCGCAAAAAGUAAAAGUAUCGUAGUCGUACUACUAGUAGAAAUUUUUGCAUUGCAAAUUUUCUAAUUUCUCCAGAAGGAGACGAGCUGAAAUUUGUAUCGCUGUCUGAGCUAAAACUAAAUCUAAAAGAGAACGUUUGUCAUGCAAGGUCGCACAAAAAUCAGUAUGUACGAGUGCGCUACAACUUUUCUUGCAAGGAAUACGUGUUGUGGGCCAGCUCCUGGGGCAUCGUGGACUGCGUUGUGGUAUGCUCUGCAAAAGUAUCGUACUCGUAUAAAUGCAUUACAAAUUUUCAUCUCAGCAUGAGAAAUGAAAUUUGUAAUGCUGAUUUACGUUAAGAAAAAAGGUUUGUAAUGCAUAAUUUGCAAUACAUCAAGUUGAUAACUUUUGCACAGGAUAUGUGGAUCACUUCUCCAGCGCCUCGCUGGGCGCAGUAGCUGAUCCGGCCAGAAGUUCAGCUAGCAGCACGACGACCGACAGCACCUCCAUUCUGCUUCAAGAAAGGACGAUGAACUACAUUCCGGUAGUAGAAGAGGAGCUGCCAGGAGGAGAACAACUAGAUCUGGCCGGCGCACAACUACAGUUACAACAAAAAACGCAGGAGCUGCCUGGAGACCUCGUUAGUAAUAUUUCACCUACUUCUUCCACACCCGCUUCAGCCACGAAAACAAACAUCCCCAACGAAAAUAAUCUUCUUCCCCAUGUUUUACUGUAUCAGCAAAAUUUGAAAAAGUACCAACUUCGCUUCCUCGGGUAUUUCACUGUGUUACUACUCUUCCUCGCGUUGUGGUGUUGGGGGAAGAUGAAAAGCAGAAAAUCAUCCACGUCUUCGGGAACUACAAGCAUGGGAGGCGGACGGCGCGGUCAGGGGAUGAUCAACCACGGUGGCGUGGGACAAGAACUGUCGCGCGGGAUGAUAAACACCAGUGGUACAGCAAAUGCUGGCCAUCUUCUUGGCCUGCCCAACGUCGUAGCUACGAAGAAGAAUCAAAUAUGGAACUUUUUCCUCUCCGUUCUCUUCGUCAGCUCCUCUUGGGGCUGUUUUGACACGCUGGUAUUAUUUUAAGUAGAACUUGCGCUACAAAUAGAACAAGCUCAACCAAUUAGUUCAAAAUGUACGCAAAAUAGUAUUUCAAAGACUUCUCGGGUCAAGGACGAUAGAGAUUAAGAUUGUUCAUCCCGCAUCAGAAUUUAUGUUAUAAGAUACUCAUUCUGUAUAAUUAAAAAUCAAUCCACAGGUCGCCAUUCUUGCCGGUUGCGUGGAGGACCCGCUGGCGACACUGCGCUGGUACCUCUUCGCGGCAGUCUUGGCGAGUGUGGGAAUCUGUGUGCAUCACAGCCGGCACCCAGACGUCAUUUUCAACCGGAUUGGGGCGCAGAUCGAAUACAGAUGA